AUGGAUUUCGGCAUUUUCUGUCGUAAUAUCUUGGUUAUCACAGUAUAUUUGACAUCAACAAUAAUACAGAUUUUCGGCAUUAAAUACGAAGCAUUGUUUUCCGGAACGGCCGAUAUUGGUGUAGCCAGAUUGCCUGGCGAUUUGUACUGGCGCUCUCCAGAUGGAGAGUCUCGAGCCUAUGCUUUUUAUGGCAUAAAAUACGGGAAUUCCAAGCGAUUUGAGGGUUCUUGGUUAAAUACUGAUUUCUCCUAUUUGUCGACGCCGGACCGCAGUAAAUUUGGUCCACACUGUAUGCAGCACCUUCCUCCUUCCCAGAACAAUUUUUUCCCAAAUUUGUUUACACAAGGGCAACCAAAAGGUCACAGAGCUGCUGGUCACCAUAAUUUGCUCGCUACCGAAGCGGCAAAUACUGAUAUGAACGAGGACUGUUUAUACCUUGAUGUUUACAUCCCAGCAAUGCAACGGGAACAAAAAAUUUCACCCACACAAAGAAAGCCCGUAAUGGUAUUUGUGCAUGGAAGUCAUGCGGGAAAUAAAAUGCCUGGGAUCGGCACGGAUUUCUCCAGGAUUCACAAUAUAAUAGUGGUAUCGGUGCAAUAUCGUUUGGGAAUAUUCGGAUUCUUGAGUACUGAAGAUGUUAAUGCUCGGGGAAAUUAUGGACUGGGAGAUGUGAGAACAGCCGUUCAAUGGGUGCGCCAGUAUAUCUUUGCAUUCGGAGGCAAUCCGGAAAAGAUUACAGUCGUCGGGCAUGGCACGGGUGCCGUUUUGGUGUCGGCCAUGAUGCUCGAUCCCGAAAUUCGCAGCAUCAUCUCGGCCGCCAUUUGCAUGAGCGGAAGUGUACUAAGUCCGUCUGCUAUCACGCGCGCCGCCAGAAUGAAUGCGGCAUCUGUAGCCAAUGCGUUGCGAUGUCCCAGCUCCACAACCACCGAGAUGGUCUUGUGUUACAAAAUCGCCAGUGCUACGGAUAUUAUUACAGCUGUAACUGCUGCAUUUCCCAGCAUAUCUAUCCACUCUCCUGUAAAGGAAAGGUUCUCUCUAAAUAUUGACGGACAUCAUAUUCCUUACAAACCCGAAUGGGUGUUACAAAGUCAAUCGUGGCAUUUUCGCGGUGGAUUUCUGAACGGAUUCCUUGCCGAAGACGCUAGUUUGUCAGUGCUCAAUCAGUGGCCAGAAGUAUUUUCCCAAGGCAAUCCUACCCUGGAAAACGUCAAAGCCAUCUAUAUCCCUUAUUUGCUGCGAAGCGUAGUCGCAUGCUCACUCCCCCCGCUGUCCAUUGUGGAAGCCGUUUACAACCGAUAUGGUUUCGGUUCCACCGCAGAUCCAAAAUCUCUGAGGAAAAAUUUGAUCAAUUUGGCUAACGAUAUUGGCUGGCGCAUUCCCGCUGUGAAAGAAGCCAUUGUAUACGCGGAGAAAAACCUAACUGAAUUGGGCAAUCAGGUGUACAAGAUGUCCUUCAACGACCAUAUCGGGCAGUACGCUUUUGGCUUGCAAGAUCUAGGCAUGUUUCACGGUUUGGAUACCCAGUAUCUUUUUGCGGCAAGUGGAACUUCGAAUCUUCUUGGGAACAGAACUAACGAAAGGGUUACGCGCCAGUUACGCCUGCUUUGGACGUAUGUCGCCAGUUAUAGUUCGAAGCUCUCGGUGAGUGGUCAUGAAUUGGUGUAA